AUGUUCUACAGUCAUGAAAUUCUCACAAGCCAGGCGUAUGGUGUGGCGACCGUCUGGGUCUAUUCGCAGCAGUGCCACUAUGUCCUCUCGGAUGCUGAGAGGGUACAAGCCCACAUGAGGGCCUUCUACAGCGCGCUGACUGGGAGCGAUAACGCCCUCGACCCUCGCGCCGGAAAAUCGAAACGGACGGAGCUGAUGCUGGAGGACGAUCCGGAGUUCGAUCUAAACCCUAACCUGCCUGCCUUCCAUUUUGACGAUGACGGUAAUUUAGUCGUUCCGCAGGGCAGCCAAAGCCAAGCUUCUCGCAAGACCUCUUCUCAACUCUCGCCCCUGCAGCCUGAUGGUUCUUUCUCUAGUUCCAACCGCUCAAUCCUCGGUGGUUUCGACCUCUCUCAGUCACCAUUUGGGGGUGGAAUACUUCCAGAGCCAUUCGGGACAGGGACAAUGACGCCCAACAAGGGGAAUGACGGCUUGAUGCCACUCGCCGAAGAGGAGCGAGAACUGCAAGCCCUCGAUGACUGGGGUUUCGAGAUCGACGCUGACGGCAAUAUCAUACCGGCCUCGGAUGAACCGCAGUUGCCGCGGCUCCCACACCUAGAAGAACAGGAAGGUGCAGGUUCUACCCAACAAGCCGGGAUUGUUCAGUUUGACGACCAAGGCGACGUGAUCAUGAGCGACCGCGGCCAUGUAUUUCACUCAGACCCACCUCUUCCGGUGCUGGAGGAGUUGGAGGAGAACCAGGCGCAGAAUCAAGAACAGCAGCUGGGACCGGAGGAGCAAGAAGUUGCGGUCGAAGAGGAAGCCAGCUCUGGCAGUGCUCCGGUGCGCGUCCAGCGGAAACGGCGCCGUCCGAUCCUGGCACCCGAUGAUCAAACCAAAAUCACACGGCAGGAACUCAAGGCCUGGUCCACGAAUUACCUCGCCAACGCCGAGCAGGCAAGCCAGCCGCGCCAUAGUGUCACAGCCGCCGAAGCCCGCAAAAACGCGUUCAACCUCGUCUUCGGCCGCGGCAUCGCAGGCAUCGGUUUCCCGACCGGCAUCCCGGGCCUCCCGCAUCCCCUGGCACCGCACUUUUCCGGCGAGGGCUUGCAAGCUCGCCUUCUUGGUAUUAUAAUCUCGAACUCUGAUGGCGAGGAUAUUGAAGCCCCUCGCGGCCGCCGCCGUUCAGCCCUGGAAGCCCUCGAGAUAGACCAAGACGGCGAGCGCCGCGUCCGCCGGCGGCUUAGCGAGGACGAAGACUCGCAACACGCUCAGCCGCAGCCCGAAGACGACAACAUCCUCCUCCUGCAAGGCGACGAAGACCUCCCGCCCGUGGAGAUAGGUAGGCGCGCAGAGUCCGCCCUGCCCGACAUCCCCUCCGAUGUACCCUGGAACCGCCCCUCCUCCCAGAUCCCGAGCUCCUCCAUCAAGGGAGCAGGGAGCCGACCGCCCAGCCGCCAGGUCAGCGCCAGCCCACUCCACGGGCGCGGCAGCCACCUCAUCCCGGGCCCAGAGAUUGAGCGCUUCAGCGAUGGUCCCCAACCCUUCCUAGGCUCUGAUGGUUUCGGAUCUGACUUUGCCGCGCUGCACUCCGGCCCAGCCGGCAGCCUCGCCAGCGGCCCUCUCCACCCCGACCAGUUCGUCCUCGGCAGUGGCGGCGGUACCCAAAACACCUCCCAGAUGAUGCGCACCGCGCUGGAUCGCGAGGGGCGCAACUUCCUCGACUAUGUCGAAUCCGUCGCCCGCGACAAGGGCGUGCCCGACGAGGAGGGAGUCACCAGCAGCAGCAGCAGCCGCAGCCGUGGUGCCGGGAAUGCCGGCAACAAUGGAAGGCAGUGGGUGGAAUUCGAAACCCUCUUCGAGGUAGAGGACCAGAAGCGUGCCGUGGUGGCCCAGGCCUUCUACCACGUCCUAUCGCUGGCCACCAAGAACGUUAUCAAGGUUAAGCAAGAUGGGCAGGGUGGUUUACACCCGUUCGGCACGAUCCGGCUUGGGGUGGAGUUGCCCGUUGUGGGUGGUGGCAGUGCAGAGGUGCUGGAGGGGAUUGGCGGUGACGACGACGACGAGAUGAUGUGA